AUGGACAAUGAGGGCUGCAGUCCGGCCGCCAAGGAGGUGGCUACAGACGAGCCCGUUUUCGGAAUUUACGGAAUGCAUCGUACGCCUCCUGUGCUGCCUGUUCACGGCAAUUUGUAUGUCUUGCAGGUCGCCCAGCUCAUCCAACUGACGUUUCAGGUCCUCAAGUGA